AGUAUUUACGCUUAUCGAUUAAUCGAUUGCUGUUCAUCCAUUUGUAAACAACGACGUGGUAGCUUAAUUAGAUUUUGGAAUUAAAAAUGAACAAAUUUGUGUUACUUUUGUGUUCUUUAGUGGCCUUAAUAAGCUGCCUUAAAACAGCUCAUGGUGAAUUCACGGCGGCCGAUUGCCGGGAGCUGGGCUUUAUUAAGACACAGUUGAUGUGUUCCAAUUGUGACAAAUUGGAUGAUUUUGGCCUGGAGGCUAUUAAACCUCACUGCAAACAAUGCUGCACGCAGGAUCAGCAGCCGGCUGCGCAGCGCACCUAUGCGAAGGCAAUUCUUGAGGUUUGCACCUGUAAAUUCCGUGCCUAUCCACAAAUCCAGGCAUUUAUACAGAGCGGUCGGCCAGCAAAGUUUCCCAAUUUGCAAAUUAAAUAUGUGCGUGGCUUAGAUCCACUUGUCAAGCUGUUGGAUGCCAGUGGCAAAGUGCAAGAAACAUUGUCCAUAACCAAAUGGAAUACGGACACCGUGGAGGAGUUCUUCGAGACGCAUCUCUCAAAGGAAGGCGGCGGCAAAAGUUCUUACAGCGUCGUAGAGGAUGCUAAUGAUGAUGGCGAUGACGACUACCUGCGCACUAAUAGAAUAUGAAUAUGAAUAGAUAUAUUAUAUACCAUCAGCGAAGUAGUCAAUAAAGAU